AAGAGUCCAUGGUGGUAGAUAGGCAUUCACUGCAGGCUGCAGGGGUUGCCUUUCAUCAGCAGGAUCCUGACAUUUUAAAAGUUAAGGUGGAUUUUGUGGCCUUUAUAGCUAUGGUGAUAAAUGGUACUGCAAAGGUGGCGAGAAGGACCAGGAAGAUAGAAAUCAUUGUGGAAGCAGUGGAGCGGUUGCUGGGGCGGAAAGAUUUCUCUGCAAGGGAGUUACAUGGAAUAUUGUCACAAGGCCCUAGAGCCUGAGAAGGGAGAUAUGGAGAAUUGAAGGAAGAAGUAGGAGUUUUGUUUUGCUAAUGUACUAUUUUUUAUUUGGGUGGAUUAAGUUAGUUUCCCUAUCACGUAUGGGUUUUCCUUUUACCUUGUUUUGGUUUCAACCCGUCCAGUUGGUGGCGACAAUAGACCCUUUUGGGUUGUAGCCCGCCAUCAAACCCACAGAAGAAGAGGCUUCUGGUGUGUUCAAACGUUUCUGGUCCAGCGAUAGAAGGGGAUAGCUAGCUGAUCAUGGCUGAAGAAGAACCCCUAGGUGGCGCCCAGCAGGUACUGCGUCGUCUGAAGCCCAAGUUGAUCGAUACUCUAAGUGCAGACCCUGCCUUUGUGCUGCAGCAUGCAGACUCCCUCAGCCUACUGGCCCGGCAUGAGUACAAGCAGGUCAAAGCCCUCACUGACCCAUCAAAACAGGCCCAGGACCUUCUGGACCAUGUGAUCAACAAAGGACCCACUGCUGCAGAGCAGCUUCUGCAGCUCCUGACGGGCAAAGAAAUGCAGGAUACGUUUCCCAACCUUCUGUUCCUCAAGGAACUGCCAGUGAAUGAUCAAAAAGCUGCAGGUGAAAAAGGGGGAAAUGAAGUUACCAGAAAGAGAGGACAAACAUUUGAGUCCGAAGAGAACCUUCCUGCUAAACAGACCUGCAAGGAUGGCUCUAAGAUGGUGGUGGAGAAGGAUCUGAUGCAUGUGGCUCGAAAUAUCGGUCGCUCCUGGAGGGCAAUUGGUACAGGGGCCCUAGACAUCCCCUCUGUCAAGCUGGAUCAGAUCCAGGAGGACUAUCCACACAGCCAUGUGGACCGUGUGUUCGCCAUGCUGCGCUACUGGAGCACACUGAAACGGCAGGAGGCCACGGCGGCCAAUCUCCACUCCCUACUCAGCCAGGGCGACUGGGCCCUGCCGCCAGACAGCAUAGACUUUCUCCUGGGCCCCAUCUUAGACCCGUAGCAGUCUGACCUUACUACUAACCCUUAGCUACUAUUGCAUAAUUUCCACUGCAGGGAUUUACCACAGUGCUUGGCCUCAGACUUUAGUGUUUCCAUGGUUGAGGUUUAGUGGGAAGAGGUUGUAACCGGUGGGAUGUAAAACCCAGGUCUUCUGCAUGGUAACUCAACGUCUUUACCAUUAUGCCAGGAGGAAAUCCUCAUGGUCAGACUGGGUGACAAUUUGUCUUACUUUUAUUUUUUUAUAUUUUUUUACCAGAUCAGCUUUAAAAAUAUAGAUAUUUUAUACAUUUGUUUUCCAUCAUCUUUUGUUUUGUUGCUUAUUUCUUUGUAAAAAAUAUAUAUACACUACCGUUCAAAAGUUUGUGGUUACUCAGAAAUGUCCUUGUUUUUGAAAGAAAAGCAUUUUUUUUCUUUCAUUUGUCCAGAAAUACAGUGUAGACAUUGUUAAGGUUGUAAAUUACUAUUGUAGCUGGAAACGGCCGAUUUCUUUAUGGAGUAUCUACAUGGGCGUACAGACGCCCAUUAUCAGCAACCAUCACUCCUGUGGUCCAAUGGCACGUUGUGUUAGCUAAUCCAAGUUUAUAAUUUUAAAAGGCUAAUUGAUCAUUAGAAAACCCUUUUGCAAUUAUGUUAGCACUGCUGUAAACUGUUGUUCUGAUUAAAGAAGCAAUAAAACUGUCUUUUAUACUAGUUGAGUAUCUGGAGCAUCAGUUUAAUACUUUUUUGCUGAUUCCAUGUGUUAUUUCAUAGUUUUGGUGUCUUCACUAUUACUCUACAAUGUUAAAAUAAAGAAAAAACCUUGAAUGAGUAGGUGUGGCCAAA